AUGAAGCUCACUGCGGCUCAAAAACAGAAGCGUUACCGAGAAAAUCUGACAAGAAAAGGUCGUCAUAACGCUAUGAAAGCGAAAAAUCGCGAAAGAAUGACAAAUGUGCGUAGUAAAUUAUCCGAUCACCAACGAGAGCAGUAUCGUAAGCGUGAUGCAGCAGCCCGUAAAAGUGUUCGCGCUGCUAACAGACGCCAGUCGAGUGCAUCAUUCGGCUCAAAGCACAGUCUUGGUAAAGCUGUUAAAAGAGUAACUAGAUGCCUUCCGCAAGAUCCAUCAAAGAAAAAGCUAGUCAUUCAAGCGAUUGCUCAAUCAAUAGGGUUAUUAGGCCAAUCUAUUCACAAACGUACCACCCGUCAAUUGUCGUGCAAAUUGAAGGAUGACAGUGUUAAAUUUUAUUGUCGAGAUGAUAUAUUGUAUCAAAUGCCGGGAAAGCGAGACACGAUCGUUGCCAGGCAGAACGGAACAAAAUCGACUCAUCAGAAACGAAUUUUAUUAUACAACAUUCGUGAAGUACAUCAAUUGUUCUUAUUGGAACAUUCUGGCUCUGACAUUGCUCGAACAAGUUUCGCAGAACUACGUCCACAAUAUGUACUGAUCAAAGCAUUAAUGAGCCAUCGUGUAUGUGUGUGUGCAUACCAUGAGAAUAUAAAUCUAUUGCUGGAAGCAUUAGCGAAACAUGUGAAAGGUGGAGUGUGCUCGGAUUUGCAAACGUUUACGAAUGCUUUGGUGUGUGAUGAGUCGAACGAAGCAUGCAUGUCCUCAAACUGCAAGACGUGUGCUAAAUAUUUCGAGACAAAAGUUGAAGGAAAUAUCGUCGACUUCACGAUAACGAUCAAAUGGCUUCAAUGGACGAAUAAUAAUGGUCGUGCAGAGAAGCAAGAAUUUGAAGGAACUGUGAAAGGCUGUGUUCAACAUUUGUCUGGCCUCAUUCAACAAUACCUAUUACAUGUAUUCAUCAAGCGUGCUCAAAGUAGUCUAUUCGAACGACUCAAAGAAAAUACGGAUGAUCGAAAAGUUCUUCUACAAGUCGAUUAUGCUGAGAAUUUCGCUAUGGAUCAUCAGGAUGCUAUUCAGUCAUCUCAUUGGAAUACAAAGACGUUGUCAAUUUUUACAGUGUACGCAUGGUGCGAAGCGAAUAGUUAUUCGUUCGCAUUGGCAUCUGACAAUGUUACUCGCAAUAAAUAUUGUGUGGACGUAUGUUUGAAUAACAUCAUUAGUAAACUCAAGCAAUAUUUACCGGAUUUGGAAGAAAUUGUGUUCUUCAGCGAUGGAGCUGCGUCUCAAUAUAAACAACGAUAUCUGUUGCAAAAUUGUUACCGACCAGUAUUUACUCAUAAAAUCUAA